UGGGAGGGGCGGGGCCAGCUGGCGCUGCAGCCUGACGCUGAGCAGAGCGGACAGAGACGGAGCUGCGCUCGUCCUGGAGGGAGACUCGUCUGCGCCCUGAGGAUUUUUCACAGGACUUCACGGACUCGAGCUGUGGAUUCCCGCCGUGGCUCGCGCGGCGACGCACGUGCGCAGCAAAGCCAAGGAUUACCCGGAGCGCAGAGACAAAGAGCCGCUCGCUGAGGCACCUGGAACUCCUGCGAUCGGCGGCCCCCCCUCGCCAUGGGGAAGGACGGACUCGCCCGCGCGGCCUGGACCUUCCGGUCGGUUCUCCUGGUUCUGAGCGCGGGGCUGGGCGCAGUGAACGGACAGUACGGGGGCGGGGAGCGGGGCAUGUCGGUGCCGGAGCACGGCUUCUGCCAGCCCAUCUCCAUCCCGCUGUGCACGGACAUCGCCUACAACGAGACCAUCAUGCCGAACCUGCUGGGCCACACGAACCAGGAGGACGCGGGGCUGGAGGUCCACCAGUUCUACCCGCUGGUCAAGGUGCAGUGCUCCCAGGACCUGAAGUUUUUCCUUUGCUCCAUGUACGCGCCCGUGUGCACGGUGCUGGAGCAGGCGCUGCCCCCGUGCCGCUCUCUGUGCGAGCGCGCGCGGCAGGGCUGCGAGGCGCUCAUGAACAAGUUCGGCUUCCAGUGGCCCGACAGCCUCGCGUGCGAGACCUUCCCCGUGCACGGCGCGGGGGAGCUGUGCGUGGGCCAGAACAUGUCUGACCGCGCGGAGCCGGACGGGCCCGGGCCCUACCCCACGGAGCGCGUGCCGCCCGGGCCCCCCAGCGGCCACUUCCGUUGCCCGGCGGCGCUCCGGAUGCCGCCCUACCUGAACUACCACUUCCUGGGGCAGGAGAACUGCGGCGCGCCCUGCGAGCCCAGGAGGGCGCACGGGAUGAUGUACUUCAGUCAGGAGGAGCUGAAGUUCUCCCGGAUCUGGAUCGGGAUCUGGUCCGUGCUGUGCUGCGCGUCCACCCUCUUCACCGUCCUCACCUACCUGGUGGACAUGAAGCGCUUCAGCUACCCGGAGCGGCCCAUCGUCUUCCUGUCCGGCUGCUACACCAUGGUCUCCAUCGCCUACAUCGCCGGCUUCCUGCUGGAGGAGCGGGUGGUGUGCAACGACCGCUUCGACAACGACAUGAAGACGGUGGUGCAGGGGACCAAGAAGGAGGGCUGCACCAUCCUCUUCAUGAUGCUGUACUUCUUCAGCAUGGCCAGCUCCAUCUGGUGGGUCAUCCUGGCACUCACCUGGUUCCUGGCGGCGGGGAUGAAGUGGGGUCACGAGGCCAUCGAGGCCAACUCUCAGUACUUCCACUUGGCCGCCUGGGCCGUCCCAGCCAUCAAGACCAUCACCAUCCUGGCCGUGGGGCAGGUGGACGGAGACGUGCUGAGCGGCGUUUGCUUCGUGGGCAUCAACAGCGUGGACGCCCUGCGUGGCUUCGUCCUGGCGCCUCUCUUUGUCUACCUGUUCAUCGGCACUUCCUUCCUCUUGGCGGGAUUUGUGUCCCUGUUCCGGAUCCGGACCAUCAUGAAGCACGAUGGCACCAAGACGGAGAAACUGGAGAAGUUGAUGGUGCGCAUCGGAAUCUUCAGCGUGCUCUACACCGUGCCGGCCACCAUCGUCAUCGCCUGCUACUUUUACGAGCAGGCCUUCAGGGAGCAGUGGGAGAGGACGUGGAUCGGCCAGACGUGCAAAACGUACGCCGUGCCGUGUCCGGUCCAGAACCACCCCAACAUGAGCCCAGACUUCACCGUCUUCAUGAUCAAGUACCUCAUGACGCUCAUUGUGGGCAUCACGUCCGGGUUCUGGAUCUGGUCGGGGAAGACUCUGAACUCCUGGAGGAGGUUUUACACACGGCUGGCCAGCAGCAAACAGGGAGAGACCACGGUGUGACGCCGCCGGCGUGCUGGACUGUACAUACUCAUCUGUGAGAUCUAUAGACCUGGUGUAAAGCUGAACGUGCUCUUCUUCAAACGCCAUGGAAUUAACGGAAUGUGGAAUGAGCGCUCCCUGAUCCAUGCUCUGAUGUGGCCUCCUGGAGGAGUCCCUCAUACCCAAGUGCUUCCUGGUGGAUCUGCCUCCUUUGGACUCCUGAAUGUGGGGCACUGAGGAGCGCAGCGCCUGUUCUGCAGAGGAGGUCUUCAGCUGCAGAGGAGGUCUUCAGCUGGCUCUAGAAAAUGUGAAUGUUCUCCAUCAGGAGCAUGCAGGAUGCCGGCAUGUUCGGUGCAGAUUGAAAGCAGCGUUGAUGAAUUUUAAAGGAGUUCUCCUCUGAAGGAGCAGGAGGAGCUCCCACAUUGGAAGUGAACGCCUUUGGUGCUGCAGCAGAGCUGACAGUUCUCUGGAACUCUGUUUUUGACUCCUUACACAAAGUUAAGAGACAGGGAGAUGAAUCUGCAGCCGCGAUGGAAGUGACAGUCUGGUGUUUGUGGUCUUCUGGAGACCUUCCAGAAUUGGGGGUUCUCCUGCUUCAGACAGGGGGGUGGAGGUUUGGAGAGAACUGGAGCUGCUCUGGUCAGUGUGGAGGUGGCGGUUUCAGGUUCCGAGCCGUCCAUGUGUCUGCUCUUCUAGCAGGAUUCUAUGGAGCUAUUUCGGGGCCAUAAAUAUUUGAAACCCAAAUAGAAUAUUUUGAAAAAAAUAUUUGUGUUUGGCCAAAAAAAAGUAAAAUGUCCAAAACUUUUUGCCAUUCUAAAAUAAACGUAAUUAUUUUCAGCU